AUGGCAAAUUAUAUAUGCAUUCUCCUAGCCUGCAUAGCCCUCCUCUCGGUGCUUCGUGCCAACGCUGAUGGAGCUAGCAGACCGGGAGCCAACGCACCAGCCGCCUACAUCGGAGACUCCUACAACAGCCGCUACAUAUAUGGAGGCUACGACGCCGGUCGCAGGGGGUACACCGACCCGUACUACAACAGGGACUCCUACUACGGAUCCAGCGCAGGACGAUACAGGCCUACAACCCCUCGCAGUCCCUAUGGCUACGCCCCACCUACGUCAAGCUACGCGGGCACCGCUACCUACCCAGGCUACAAUGCCCGCUACGACGGACGUUACGAUGGCAGCUACGGACGCAGUUAUGAUGGACGCUACGACGGACGCUACGGUAGCUAUGGGAGAGGAUACGAUGGACGCUACGACGCUCGUUACGGUAGCUAUGGGAGAGGAUACGAUGGACGCUACGAUGCUAACUACGGUAGCUAUGGGAGAGGUUACGACGGACGCUACGGCAGUUACGGACGCGGCUACGACUACUCUGGAAACCGCAUCGGACGGUCGUACGAUGCUUCGUACCCGGGGUUCAGGAGCAACUUGUUCGACGACCGUUACGACAGCUACAUGGGACAGCGGGGAUUUGGACAACUCUUGGGGCGUUACGCGCGUCGUACGGCCAACGGAUACAGCUACGACUAUACCCUGCCCAACGGGCACGUGUACGGGUACAGCGGUUACCGCCGCUGA